AUGAGCGUUAUUAUAUACCAUCUCGCCCGUAACCCAUCUCUCCAACGCAGACUUCAAGCCGAACUCGACUCCGCAGCAGCAAAGCGCCAAAAAGACCCAGUACCCCCCACCGAGGCCCCCGAGGACACCUACUACCGCUCCAUAUCCUCCCUCCCUUACCUUAACGGCUGCGUCAGCGAAGCCCUCCGCAUCCAACCCCCAGUGCAAGGUGGAAUUCAGCGCAAAACUCCACCAGAAGGAAUCCACAUCCCCAACGAGAAAGGCACCUCCACCUUCAUCCCGGGAGAUACACUGGUCAGUGUGCCGAUCCUACCCGUCCAGAAUGACCCCCGGUACUAUAGGAACCCGGAGGAGUAUGUCCCCGAGCGCUGGACGGACAAAAAGCCCGAUUGGAUUAUGAACAGAGCGGCAUAUUUCCCCUUUGUAGGUGGUGCAUAUAGUUGUGUUGGAAAGGGGUUGGCGUAUAUUGAGUUGAGGGUUGUGGUGGCGAUGUUGUUUGGGAAGUUUAAUGUACGGUUGGCGGAGGGGGAGGAUGGGAGGAGGUUUAGGGAGGAGACGAGGGAUACGUUUGUGGCAAGUUUGGGGGAGUUUAGGGUUGUGUUUAGGUCCCGGGGCAACAGGUUUCGAGCAAGGUUCCGUCAGAAAUUGGUAGAAUUUCGAGGCGGAAAUCCGACAAAGCAAAGUAAUCAGGCUGAAGGUUACAGCACAAGGCAUGACUCGAUUUCAUCGGCCAGACACGACUCUUCCGAAACCCCAGCUCGAGAUGACAAUGAACAUGCUUAUACUGUCAAAACUUCGGAAGAGGAUGAGCAUGUCUCUUCAACCGAAGCCAUUCAGCAAGAAAGUCCUCAAAUGAACGGCCAAGCCUUUGAUCCUUCCAACCAAAACGUGACACUGACAGAAUGGUCAACCACCAUUCACAAUGCCCUUUGGAAUGAGGCUUACAAUAAUCUCAAGCAGGAUUUAAAGAAGGCAAAGUAUGUGGAAGCAUACGAAAAACUAGUGUUGGCGGUCUUUCUGGAAACGCCUAUGUCAGAUGCAGCUGGCGAAGGUAAUGGUUCUCGGACAGCCUUGGGAGAGGAGAGGAUGAAGGCGAUAGUCGCGAAGGGCCUAGAAAGAAUUGAAGAUUCUAAAAAGGUCAUGGAGACAGUAGAUCAUGUUUCGGGUGUUCUCACGCAAGUAAAAGCGUUCCUUGACAUUCCGUUAAAAAACGUCCCACAGACCGCGCUUCCGUGGGCUGUGAUUUCCUCCACAUUUGAUGUGAGUAUAUUGAAUUUUUGUAUGGGUGCCAUGCUGACUGUGCAGAUCCUGGUAAAACCAGCCAGAGCAGCAGCAGACCUUUAUAAUGGGGUGGCGUACGUUGUCUCUCGGAUGAGCUGGUAUUCGAAAGCUGUAGACAAGCUUUUGAGCGAGCAGAAUAUCAAGGACAAUACAUCAUUGGAAGAGAUGAAUCACGAUCUCAAAACUGGCAUUGUGGAUCUCUAUCAGUCAAUGCUCUUCUACCAGAUCAAGAGUGUCUGUUUCUGCUACAAAAGCCAGCUUCUUGUCCUUCUCCGAGGCUUUCUCGAUUUGGAUGAUUGGAGCGGAAAUUUGGAUGCCGUGAAAAACGCUGAAAAUGCACUCCAGAACGACCUCAUCCUCUACAAUCAGGAACACAUCAAGGACCAGAUCAGACAGAUUACUAUAACCAGCGAGCACCAGGAAGAAUUAGACGAAUACCGCAACUGUCUGCAGUCCCUCCGCUGGAUUGACCCGCGAGCUGAAAUCGGGGAUAUUCAAGCCCGAAAUGAGAACAUCUUAGAAGAGCUGUUUACAUGGAUUCUUCUCACGGAUGAAUACAGACAAUUCAGCAAGUGGGACCACUCCACUCCUGCACGCUUGUGGAUCAGUGGGCAAGCUGGAACUGGAAAGACGAUGCUCCUGAUCGGUAUCAUAAAAGAUUUGAUUGCUCGUGGACUUCCCGAUACCGAACCCACAAAUGAUCAAGCCAACAACGGCGUUGCGGUUCUCCGCAGUCUAAUAUGGCUGCUACUUCUAGAACAACCUCACUUGGUUUCACACAUUCAGAAGGAAUACUUUCAUUCCGCAAACAGGCUGCUCACGGAUAAAAAUGCGUUCACAACUCUACGUGACAUUUUCAGGAAGAUGCUGGAGGAUAAAUCCCUGAAACGAGCCACCAUUAUCAUUGAUGCCAUGGAUGAAUGCGAAGAAACAAGCAGAGAACUACUGACUAGCUUCAUCGACGAUGCGUCCUCUGCACGAGAGCUAUUCAAUAUAAAGUGGCUCGUCUCCAGUCGGCCACUGCCAGAAAUACCACCAAGUGUGCAGGACGUCACUCUGCCAACACACAGUCUUCUGAAGCUCGAUGAACACGACUUGUCGGACUCCAUCAACAGAUAUAUCGAUAUCAAGAUGGUUCAGCUCAGACAAAAGGCACGUAAGAAGGGCCGUGUUGAAGAAAUAGCUGAUAAAUUGAAAGCCCGAGCAAGCAACACUUACAUCUGGGUAUCAUUGGUCUGCAGAGAGCUUCUUCACGCGCAUGAGUUCAUGUGGACUGAGAUUGUCGACAAAAUACCAAAAAAAUUGGAAGACCUCUAUGGCUACCUGCUCGAUAGAUUGGCCAAUCUAGACUCCGAAAUUAUGUCGUCGUGCUGCAAGAACGUCCUAAAUGCCGCUAUGCUUGCACGAGAUCCCCUUUCCUUGUCCGAGAUCGAAAUUCUCGCAGAGCUUCCAGAGGGCGAGGAUGCAGCGGAAGCAGUCGUUCAGGAAUGUCGGUCGUUCCUGACCAUUCGAAACGGUACCGUCUACCUGAUCCAUCAGUCAGCGCAAGAUUAUCUGCAAAAACACUAUCAAAGACUCUACAGUGUCCCUCGGGCUACGCUUCAUCACCGAAUGUAUCAAAGAGCGCUCAAUGGCUUGAGAAAAGCCUUGAAGGAAAAUAUAUAUGGAUUGCCUCAUUAUGAAAUUACGACAGAAGAAGUGCAAGUUCCCAAUCCAGACCCGUUAAUCUCUGUCCGGUAUGCAUGCCGCUACUGGGUCUAUCACUUAGAACAAAGUGGCUCCACGUCCACAGAUAUGGAGGAUAUCCUUUCGUUCUUUAACACACACUUUCUUCAUUGGCUCGAGGCAAUGAGUUUGCUGGGGAGAUUUCCAGAUAUUGUGGGGCUCGUUGGUCAAUUGAAGUCCAACUCAGAGAAUGAACCCACCCUCUCUGACUUCCUAAUGGAUGCCGAAAGGUUCAUCUUGCACAGCCUGCCAGUUGCGACCAGAGCACCUCUUCAGCUCUAUGUUUCUUGUUUGAUCUUCUCGCCCGAAACAAGUCGGGUGAGGUGCAUGUUUAUAAAGGAAGUCUGCAAAUGGAUCCGGCAAACAUCUGGCACUGAUAAGGAAUGGGGUGCACUGCUUCAGACCCUUGAGCACUCAGCAACGGUGUACUGUGCUGCAUUCUCUCCCAAUGGAAAGCUGGUGGCAUCAGGCUCUAGCGAUCAAACAGUCAAAAUAUGGGAUACGGCAACAGGCAGUCUACGAAAGAUACUCUAUCAUUCAGCUACGGUUUAUAAUGUGGCAUUCUCCCCAGACAACAAGCUACUAGCUUCUGGGUCAGAUGAUCGUUUAAUCAGGAUAUGGGAUACAGUCACAUGGCGUGAAACAGAGAGGCUGGAGUACUCAAAGUUUACCACUCAUCUGGCUUUCUCUCCAGAUAGCAGGGUAUUAGCUUCUGCCUCAAUUGAUAAUGAUGUUAAGCUGUGGGAGAAGGGGACAGGGAGUGUGACGUGGGAACGGCGGAACACGAAGCCAACAUCCCCACUCAAGCCCAUGGCCCUUUCUCCAGAUACUCAAUUAUUGGCAGCAGCAACAGAUCCCCCUGAUAACUCUGAAAUAGUAACCCUAAUUGAUAUGAAAACAGGUAGCAUAGUGCGGGAACUUUCUCACACCAACAAUGUUGUGAAAGUGGCAUUCUCUCCAGACAACCGGCUGGUGGCCUGUGCUUUAGUGAAUAACACUCUCACCCUAUGGGAUACUGCGACAUGGGAUACCAAACGCACAGUCCAUUACCGAUAUCCAAGCGCUCCUACCUUUUCUCCUGAUGGCAAGCUCCUUACUCUACGGCGGCGCGAUGGGACCGUUCAACUAUGGAAUACAAAUACUGAAACCGUGGAACAAACACUACUGGAGAGCAAACGCAACACUGGUGUUGUAUUCUCGCCUAACGGUCAGUUGAUGGCCUUAAUAUCACCGUUUCGCGCAGUCAGGCUAUGGAGAGUCAUCCUAGGGAGGCGGGAGGAAAGUGAGGGUCAUCACGUAUCUGCUGUAAUGGGAGUGAUACUCUCACCCGAUGGGCUGUUGGCAGCAACGUACUCAAUGGAUCUCUCAAUUAAAGUAUGGAUUCUAGAGAAUGGAAAGCUAGCGCAAACCCUCGAAGGCCACAAGGCCUUCGUUGAUGUAGCUGCCUUCUCGCCAAACAGCAAGCUACUCGCAUCGUGGGCAUACGAUAAUACGGUCAGAAUCUGGAAUACCGAGAACGGGGAACAGAAAUGGAAAUUUGAUGGCGGUGGGAUAAUGAUAGAAGUGAUGAACUUCUUCGCAGAGAACAAACUGUGGGCUGCAGCGUCCUCGGAUGACGAAGGUCGAGUAUGGAAUACAGAAACAGGACACCUUGAGCAGGUUGAUUCGCACGACCAUGAGGCUCACAUGCCAAAUGUGUUUCGAGGCAAUUCCUCAAUCCAGUGCAAAGGGGCCGAAUAUGAUAUCUCUGUCGAAAAGGAGUGGGUUAUUGUUAAUGGAAAGAAGAGCAUCUGGUUACCUCCAGAAUACCAGCAUUUUUCGAUGGCGAAAGACUCAUCAUGGGCAGUUCGAGAAAAUACUCUCGUGGUUGGGUGUGAUUCCGGCCGUGUUCUUUUCAUUUGGUUUGAUCCAGUUGCGAUGAGAGAUGUGAUAUGCUGA